GCUCUGGAGACUGCCUCAGAGGGCCUGGCUGUGAGGGCCAGGGGACAGAGGCCGAGAGAGACACAGCAAAGGAACAACACAGGGAGAAAGAAACAGAAGGAGCCCAACGUUCAUCCACAUAGCCAUAGCCACAGUGGGAGCCAGCCCUGGGAGAAGCUCUGCUGCCUGUCUGUCCCCAUGGGCCACUGUGGGCCAUGGCUGCACACUUUUCUCCUCUGGGCUGCAGUGGCCAGCCUGCUUCUCCCCACUGCCGUGACCCAGCAGCUGAGAGGGGCUGGGCUGGGGCCCAGCAACUGGAACGACAAUGCAGGAGCUUCGGGGCCCUCAGAGGACGCAUCGGGCAAGGUUGGCCACCCCACGCACAGCCAUAGAGGCCACGGAGAUGAGAACAAGGAUGUUUCCACGGAGAGUGGGCAUCAUUUGUGGGGCCACGGAGACCACAGAGAAGAGGAUGAAGAUGUCUCCAGAGAAUCCCAAGACCAUAGGUACCAAGGCCACAAGGUGGGAGAUGAGAACACCUCUGAUGAGGAGGAACAUACAGAGCAUGCUCAGCAGGCCCGUGGGCACAGAAGCCAUGGGAAUGAAGAGGCGGAUGAUUCAGCUGAGCACGGGCACCACUUCCCCAGCCACAGGAGCCAUGGCCGUCGAGAUGAGGACGAAGACGAAGUUGUGUCCAGUGAGCAUCACCAUCAUAUCGUUAGGCAUGUACACCGAGGCCAUGGAGAAGAGGAGGAUGAAGAAGAGGAAGAGGAGGAUGUCUCCACUGAGUAUGGACACCAGGUCCACAGACACCAAGACCACGGGAAGGAAAAGGAUGAAGAUGUCUCAGAUGAACACCACCAUCAUGGCCCCAGCCACAGACACCGAGGCCAUGAAGAAGAAGAAGAUGAUGAUGAUGAUGUCUCCACUGAGUACAUACACCAGACCCACAGGAGUCAAGGCCAUGGGAAGGAAGACAAUGAAGAUGUCUCAGAUGAACACCACCAUCAUAUCCCUAGCCACAGACAUCAAGGCCACAGAGACAAGGAAGAUGAGGAUGAGGAUGUGUCCACUGAACACUGGCACCAGGUUCCCAGACACACCCACCAUGGCCUUGGAGACGACGAGGAGGAGAUCACAGUCAAGUUCAGCCACCAUGUUGCGAGCCACCAGCCCCAAGGCCACAAGAGCACUAAGGAGGAGGACUUCCCAGAGGAACAUGAAAGAGCAGUCCGUGGCCAUCACCACCGCGGAGUCCCCAAGGAGGAAGAUGAGGACACCUCUGCCAAGCUUGGCCACCAGGCUCCCAGCCACAGGCAGCAAAGCCACAGAGAUAAAGGGACUGGCCACAGAGAGUCCAUCAAAGAGGAGACUAACCACCAGUCCCCAGAAUACAUGGGUGUAAAGGAUAGAAGCCAUUUAAGAGAGAGUGAUUCUGAGGAGGAAGAGGAAGAGAAGGAAGAGGAUCACAGCUCCCAUGAAGAUGAUGAUGAAGGUUCAGAGGAGGGAGGAGAAGGUACCCACCAUGGCAGCCUGGACCAGGAGGAUGAGGAAGACAAGGAGGAAGGUCAUGGCCUCAGCCUGAGCCAGGAAGAGGAGGAAGAAGAGGAGGAAGAAGAGAAGGAGGAGAGGAGGGAAGAGAGGGCUGAGGUUUGGGUCCCACUGAGCCAAGACCACCAGGAGGAAGAAGAUGAGGAGGAGGGGCUGGAAGAGGAUGAGCUCCCCUUCACCAUCAUCCCCAACCCACUGGCCAGGAGGGAGGUGUCUGGAGGUGCCUCCAGUGAAGAGGAGAGUGGUGAGGACAUGGAUCAGCAGGAUGCCCAGGAGUAUGGGAACUACCAGCCAGGGUCCCUGUGUGGCUACUGCUCCUUCUGCAAUCGAUGCACUGAAUGUGAGAACUGUCACUGUGACGAGGAGAACAUGGGAGAGCACUGCGACCAGUGCCAGCACUGCCAGUUCUGCUACCUCUGCCCGCUGCUCUGCGAAACUGUCUGCACUCCGGGAAGCUACGUCGACUAUUUCUCCUCGUCCCUGUACCAAGCCCUGGCAGACAUGCUGGAAACUCCGAAACCCUAACCCAGACACACGGCUGCGGCGCAGAUACAUCUCCCUGGCCCUCCAACCCCUUUCCACGGGCCAUAUUUAUUUCUCUGAAUAAACGUGCUCCCCGAAACCUCA